GACCUUUCGAAAGUUUAUGGUAAAACUUACUUUCUGACACAGAUAUCACUUUCUCAAUCAAAGAAGCAUUUGAUCUACAGUAAUCGGCAUCGUCAUUCCUCUCGAGGCAUCAGUCAACCACCAUCGCUACCUGGAAUGAUUCGAUCCCCUGCGAUGAUUGACACGAUCUCACAGUGCUAUAAAAACACGCCAGCAUGUCUAUGCCGACUCCUACCUCCUCCUCAGACCCCGAAUCUCUCGUCACUGUGCAAUGAUGCCGCCCCCAACUCUCAGAGACAUUGCAGUGCGGCCUUCAAACGCCGCCUACGUUAUCGAAGCUCUGCUCGAAGUCUUUCUUUGGGGGAUAUAUCUCCUAUUGGCUGGCCUGACAGUUUACCUCACUGUGACUCGACGAAGGCAGAACGGUGUCACCGGGAAUGUCAAGACGAGGCUCCUGCACGGCACACUCGCGCUGCAGUUUCUCUUGGUGGCUUUGCAUUGUAUUGGAACUGUAUACGGGAGCAUAUAUGCUUUCGGGAAUCUGGGCAUGGAUGCUGCGGCUGCAUUUUUCCUCUUCCGAGAGAGACAUUCUGGGGUCGAGCAGGCAACCAGAAUUGCUGGUAUCCUGGCGAUUCCCGUGACAGAUUUGCUCGUGAUUCACAGAGCCUAUGUCAUCUAUCAUCAGGACAUCAAGAUCAUACUUCCCUCCUUGAUUCUUCUUCUCUGUGAACUGGUUGCUUCCACAGGAACAAUAUACCGAUCUCUCGGGAUCCAUGGGACUUACGGGAAAUCAAGUUUUAAUCUAUCCAAUCCCUGGGUCAGUACCGCACUGACUGCGUCCAUUUUAAUCAGUAGCUACAGCACUGUGACAAUAUGGUGGAAGAUCUGGCGAACGAACAAGGCUGUCAAACAGUUCUCUGCUAAAAUUUCCGCGAGAAUGAAGCUUACGUCUAUACUUGCCAUAAUCGUCGAAAGCGCCGCCAUCCAAACCGUCGGGGCAAUAGUCCUUCUAGUGACGUUCGAGAAUGAGUUGAUCGGACAGGUCAUUUUCGUCGGAAUAGGCCCUGUCAUUUUGGGGAUUUCCACGGUUCUCAUCCAUGUGCGUAUCGGGCUUGGGUUGGCUGUGCACGAACCAGAGCCGCACUCGAAGGUCUCUUCGAACGUCAUCCAAUUGGGCCCGAUGAGGGCGGAGCUCGGCGAAAACGUGGUUGCUCUAUGUCCGUCUGGAACGGACGUAGUGAGAGCGGAGAAGUGAAGGGAUCGUAUUUUGUGCAUGUACAUAUAUAGCUCCGGAGAGUCGCGGCAGCUGAAGUUGACCUCAGUGCGAACCUAGGUCAGUCGGUGUAAUUGUGUAAUUGGCUGGUCUCGAUUCAGUGUCAGUGAGGUUUGCCAUGAGCCUCUGUUGAAUUGGCGCGAAUGUGACUGAUUUCCGCUGUGUUGUAGUUGCUCGGCCUCGGGCUGGUUUUCAAGGGCUCACCCUUUCAGAAUCGUAGGCCUGAGCCCGAGCCUGAGCCCGAUGACAGGGCCUAGACUGCUCGAACAAAUCUGAUGGCGCUCAGAGCGCAUCAGAGCGCCAUCAGAUUUGUUCAAAAAAGUUUAGACCCUUCGCUUACUGGACUUGGAUCACUGAGACGUGCCAAAAU